GGGCUUUGAAGGGGGAGUUAUCCCGGACUCCACAGCUGAAGAAAUCCCGCCUCCAGAAGUUAGUGCCGGAGAAAAGUUACACCUCCAGUCUUUCCCAGCUCCUUAGCCCAGGUUCAGACGCCUGCUCGGCUGCAGAGCCCCAACAUUUGAUCCUCAUGGAGCUGCAUUUGCUGAUACAGUCCUGCCUCAUUAUUAAUCUGUUCUCUUUGGGAAACUCUCAGAGCACACUGGAGCCCUAUGAUUUCCUCUUCGACUCGGCGGUGGAAGCCUACAACAAGGGGGACUGGUUAUCGGUCAUCCUGAACAUGGAGAAGGCUAUCAGGAACAAAGCUAUGGUCCGAAAUGUGAAGGUUCAGUGCCGGCUGAGCUGCGCCAACCAGACCGCUUUCGGUGAUCGUCUGGCCGGCUUUGGAGUUCCCAUACCGGGCGCCGGAUCCGUGGAUGACCUGGGUUUCUUCCAGAAAAUCCUGAAACGGGCGGACUGUGUGAACUCCUGCGAGACUGAGAAACUGGGUUCAGCUAAUCUGCUUCCAAUCUCCGAAGAAGUGGAGCUCGAGUUUAAGAAAAGGACCCCGUAUAACUACUUACAAGUGGCAUAUUUUAAGAUCAAUAAACUGAACAAGGCAGUGGCAGCUGCCAACACUUUCUUCCUGGCCAACCCUGACCAUGUGGAGAUGAGACAGAACCUGGAGUACUAUAAGAUGAUGGCAGGAGUACAGGAAGAAGACUUCAAAGAUUUAGAGGCCAAGACACAUAUGGCCGAGUUCCUACUUGGAAAGAGUUACUACAGUGACGACUCCUUUGGUUUGGCGGCUCAACACUUUGAAGUAGCUGUAAGUGAGUACUUCACUGCCAAUCAGGAGUGCAGAGUGCUUUGUGAGGGAGCUUACAACUAUGACGGAUACAACUACAUGGAGUACAGCGCUGACCUGUUUCAGACAAUGACAGACCAUUACAUGCAGGUCCUGAACUGUAAGCAGCACUGUGCGGUGGAGUUGGCCUCAGCUGCUGGCAGGAACAAACCUUUCGAAGACUUCCUGCCAUCACACUUCAACUACCUGCAGUUCUCCUACUACAACAGUGAGAAGUAUGAGCAGGCCAUAGAGUGUGCUAAGACUUUCCUUUUGUUCCACCCUAAUGAUGAGGUGAUGAACCAGAACUUGGCUUAUUAUUCUGCUGUAUUGGGUGAAGACAAGGCACAAACCAUAUCAGCCAGACAGGGGGUGAAAGAAUACAUUCAGCAGUCCAUUCUGGAAAAAGAGCUGCUUUACUUUGGAUAUGAAGCUUUUGGAAUUACAUUUGUGGACCCAGAUACGUGGACACCUGAAGAUGUCAUGCCUAAGAAACUGAGAGAAAAGCAGAAAGCGGAGAGAGAGACAGCAGCCAGGAUCACAGAGGAAAUAGGAAACCUAAUGAAGGAGAUUGAGACUCUGGUUGAGGAGAAGAAAAAGGAUUCUUCAGACAUGGCCAUGAUGAUAGCACCACAGGAAGGUGGCACUCUGGUGUACGAUGACAUCAAGGUGACAAUGACUUCUAAGCAACUGAAUGGUUCUCAGAGGGUGCUGCUGGAUGAUGUGCUAAGUGAGGACGAGUGCAGGGAGCUGCAACACCUCUCAAAUGCAGCUGCUCUUAAAGGUGAUGGCUACAGGGGGCGCCCUUCUCCACACUCCCCCAGUGAAACGUUCCAGGGAGUCACUGUCUUAAAGGCUGUCAAGCUCGGACAGGAGGGGAAGGUUCCACUGAAAAGUGCUCGUCUAUUCUUUGACCUCAGUGAGAAGGUGAAGAAGGUGUUGGAGUCAUACUUCCGCCUGGAUACGCCUCUCUACUUUUCCUACUCUCACCUGGUCUGUCGCUCUGCCAUUGAUGAGAAACAGGAGGACCGUGCGGACCUGAGUCACCCUGUUCAUGUGGACAACUGUCUGCUGGUCUCUGAGCUUAAUGAGUGUAUAAAGGAACCUCCAGCAUACACACACAGGGACUACAGCGCAAUUCUUUACCUAAACGAUGACUUUGAAGGUGGAGAUUUCAUUUUUACGGAGCUUGAUGCUAAAACAGUGACGGCUGAGGUGCGUCCACAGUGUGGCCGUGUGGUGGGGUUCGGUGCAGGGAAGGAAAAUCCUCAUGGUGUCAGAGCUGUCACUAAGGGUCAGAGAUGUGCUGUGGCUCUGUGGUUCACCCUGGAUCCUGCCCAUGAGGAAAAGGAGAGGAUUGAAGCUCAGGAAAUGCUGAAGAUGUUUGCCACCCCUGUGAACACAGACUUCAUCAGAGAAGAGGAGACUGACAUCUCAGAGCCUGUAGCAACAACACCAGAGUCUCUUACAUGGGCUGAACAGGAAAAAGCAGAGAGCAAACCAGAUAAUAAAUCAGCAGAGCAAAAGUCAGAUGUGCCCUCAGACAAACAGGCUGAUAAACCAGCUGACCCUCCGAAGAAAAAAAUAGCAGAAGACGGUAAGGCAAAAACUGCUCCUAAAGCAAAGGCCAAGAAUGGAGACCAAGCAAAAGCCAAGACAGCAGAAAAGGUGAAACCCUCUGCUAAAAAAGGUGGCAAACAGCCAGUUAAAACAAAAACCAAGCAGGAAGACAAAAAGCCCGCAGCAAAAAAGACAGUGAAAGUUGCUGCAAAGAAGGACUCCAAAAAAGCAAAAGCUGACACAACAUCAGCGGCAGACUCUGAGAAAGGCAAAGAUGAGCUGUGAUCUAACAGCACCUGAGACUGUGUCUAUGAUUUGUCUGUUUUUAUACAAUUUUUUUUCUUUAAAGUUGUUUUCUGAGUGGUUGAAAGCAAACUGAGAGAAAGGUGGGAUACAUUAAAUGUUAUGUUGUUUUUAUAACUGGUUAUGGUUUAAUGACUUUAUGUUUGAAAAUUCACAAUUGAAAAACAGGAAUUGUUGUUUGACUGCAGCAUUAAUGCAACAUCAUUACUGAGUACUAGUUGAGUGACAAUCAGCUUCACAGAUGUUUAUUCAUUUUAUGUCAUUUUGUCUGCUGCUGUAUUAUUUCCUCAUGUCAUGUUAUGGAUCAUAGCAUAGGAAGGCUACGGGGUAACAUGAGCUAAAUAUUUCUGCUGAAGAAAAUGCCCAUCCAGUCUGUAAAUCAAUUAAAUUAAAAACCAUUUGAAAAAGA